GCCAUCAGAAUGUUGGAAGUCCUUGGAGACGUCCUAGCUUGGCCACCUAAUGAUGAUGAAGAAACAGCCUUGGAAAUACUGGCUCGAACGCCUUCAGCAUUUGCUGGCAAGAGUUCAACAACACCAAAAACACUUAUAGACAUGUGUUUUGGGUCCAACACAAUCAAUAUGCAGCACAAUGCCCUCAAACUAACCAAAUUCCUUUGCGAGACAAUGACAUCAGACCAACGAAAAUCCUAUGAAGAAACAACUGAUCACGCUUCUAAAUUAUUGUUUGAGGCAGCAAGAUUUGGGAACUAUAAUUUCUUGACUGUACUUGUCGGCUUUUUUCCUGAUUUAAUCUUCAGAAAGGAUGAGAAGAGAAAAAGCAUAUUUCACAUUGCUGUUUUGCACCGCCAUGCUGGUAUCUUCACUCACAUUCACAAUUUGGGCUUACGAAAGGACCUGAUAAUGCUGUACAGGGUUAAUUACUCAGACCAAGAGAAUCCUAUUGUCUAUAACAUGCUACAUUUAGCUGCAAAACUACCAUCCUUGGAUCGGCUCAAUAUUGUAUCAGGUGCAGCUUUACAAAUGCAACGGGAGUUGUUAUGGUUUAAGGAAGUGGAAAAUUUGACGCCACCAUCCGAAAGAGAAAUGAGAGAUUCAAAAGAUGAAUUGACACCUCAAGAGCUAUUCACCAAGGAGCAUGAAGAAUUGCGGAAAGCUGGAGAAACAUGGAUGAAGAAAACUGCUGAAGCAGGCAUGAUUGUGGCAACAAUUAUUACCACAGUUGUAUUCACGACAGCCUCCAGCUUACCAGGCGGCACUGAUGGAGGGGAUGGAUCUCCUAAAAACAAAGACAAAACCAUGUUUCACGUGUUUGCUGUGGCAGAUAGCGUUGCCAUGUGCUCUUCCAUUGUCUCGACGAUGAUGUUCUUGUCCAUCCUCACUUCACGUUACGCCGAGAAAGAUUUUUUGGUUCGAUUGCCCUUGAAAUUAGCUGCCGCAGUAACCACACUCUUAGUCUCCAUGAUGGCCUUGAUGGUAUCUUUCAGCGCAAUCUACUUUUUAGUUUAUUGUCAAAGUAAAUUGAAGUGGGUUCCUAUUCUGGCUUCUGCAUUGUCAUUCCUACCGGCUGCUUUAUUUGUUUUGCUUCAGUAUCAUCUUCUUCCUGACGUAUUCCGAUCAGCUUUUGGUUCUAGAUACAUAUUUAGGCCAAAUAAAUCCACAUUUUGGGAAAGUUUUAAUAAAAUUUUCAAUGAAAAUGUGUCAAACUAAUAAAGGUUCCAGCGUUUCUAUUGUUUGUGUUAGAGAGUAACACUUGCAUGGACACGUGCAAGCAUUUUGCAAAUAUGUUUAAUGAUUAGUAUGCUUACUAGCUGUAAACACUUCUGAUGUUAAGACAGCAUUAACUUACGUGUUGUCUUGUUUUACCAAGUUUGUACACCUGUUAAGCUGUUGUUACAAGUUUUAUCAUCCCAAAUUAUCUUGUAAUAUAUAUGCCCACUAUGUGAUCAUCAUGCACUAUGAAUGAACACCCUGUUUUGCUCA